CUUGUAUCCAAUUUUUUUAAUACUUGAACCGGUUUAGCAUGUUGUACUCUAAUGGUGUUUGCAAAGCUGGUGAAAACCCCAUUUUCAAGCUAUGAGAGGGAGAGUUUGAAAGAGAAAGAGCAAAGCAAAGAGAAAGAAGCCAGAGAACAGAGAAGGGAAAAGGGAGCUAGAUCUUGUUGGGUUAUUGAAGCUAGCUCCAUAUAUCCAUGGCUUCCAAGUUACUUUUGAUUGCUGUCUUUAUUCUUGAUCUCAUUGCUUUUGGUUUAGCUGUUGCAGCUGAGCAAAGAAGAAGCACUGCCAAGAUUGUCCAGGACAGUGAAGUUAAUUAUAACUAUUGUGUCUAUGACUCAGACAUAGCAACAGGCUAUGGUGUUGGUGCAUUUUUGUUCCUUAUGGCUAGCCAAGCCCUCAUAAUGGUUGCAAGCCGAUGCUUCUGCUGUGGAAAGGCUUUAAACCCCAGUGGUUCAAGGGCUUGGGCAGUUGUCCUUUUCAUAGUCUGCUGGUUGUUUUUCCUGAUUGCUGAGAUAUGCUUGCUGGCGGGUUCAGUGAGAAAUGCCUACCACACCAAAUACCGGACCAUAUUCAGCGAGCAGCCUCCCUCUUGUGAAACUGUGAGGAAGGGAGUUUUUGGUGCAGGGGCAGCUUUCAUUUUCUUAACUGCCAUAGUCAAUAAGUUCUACUAUAUUUGCUACUCCAGUGCUAGGGAGAACAGCUUCCAGGCUUAUGGUGGAGAGACCGGUGUGGGUAUGGGAACAUACAAAUAAAUCAUGGUUGAAAAUGGGAUUUAUCUUAUUGCAGUAGAUGUGACUACAUGGACUCUAUGCCAUCAAUUUGCUUACUCCAUUGUCUGUUCUUUUUCUGAGUUGCAUUUCAUGUGCUAAGGGUUCCAUAUGGUAGGUGAUAGAUUGUAUUUUGUGUCAGAUUCAUAAAUUUUUUUCUUUCUUUUUUCCCCAUUCCAAGAUUUGUAAAAUUUUUUGAAGUUUCUUUGUACACGUAUCAAUAACAAAAGAUUGUUGUUUGUGUUCCAAUC